AUGGCGAUGCCUCAAGUUUUGAUGAGAAACGAAGAUCAUCACCUGUACUCUCCUCUCCUUGAUCAUCCCAAAGGAGAAAAUGCGAAAUCACGUGGGUUGGCGAUUGAGAAAAAGAUCGAGUUCCUGGAGAGUUUGACCGGAAAAGUUAGCAAUCGGCGAACUCGUAGGUGGUUAAAUGAUCGUCUGUUGAUGGAACUUGUACCUCGUUUGAAUGCAGAAGAAAUUAGAGGCUUGUUUGCUCCACCUCCAUUUGGUGAUGAUGUGCCGUUGUCACCAUUUUGCAUGGCAAAUGUGGGGGAGUGGGACAAAUUUAGGAAUGUAGACAUGGAUAAAGAGGGUACCAUGAUUAAAGCCCUUGAAGGGUCUUCAUCAAAGAGGAAAAAUCCUGUGGAUGCUGAUAAAGUGGCUGUACUGACUGCUUGGCAUAGAGUGGGUUGUAGAACAAGGGAAGCAUUUCGCCGUAGCUUUCUCCCAGAACUGAUUAAUGGAUAUGAGGAAUGCAUACGGGCUUUUGUUGAGAAGAGUGGAGAUGGAGAUGUUCUUGUGCUACAGGUUCAAGAUCCUUUUCAUAGGUUGUUGCUGCACGGGGUUUGUGAGUUCUACAACUUGGUCUCGGUAACAGUCAGUCAAUCGAAGGGCACAAAAUCCUUGAAGAUGACAAGGAUAAGGAAGAAGAAAUCGGGUUCGGUUGAGCUUCCAAACAUCACCCUUUGCCAUUUCCUUAAGAUGACGAAGGAAGGGAUCUGGUAG